CUCAUCUCGUUCACUAGUUCACUCUUCCAUUCACAAUGGCUGCCUGCUCCAUCAAACCAACCGUCGCAACAGACCGGAUUGCUCAGUUCCUCGCGACGCAGAAGUUUGCCGUCGUUGGCGCGUCGGCUGAUCCAUCCAAGAUCGGCAACUCUGUGCUGCUCAAGUACAAGCAGGCCAACAAGCAUGUUGUGCCAGUCAACCCAAAGGCACCCGAGAUCGAAGGACUGGUCUGCGUGACGAGCCUGUCGCAGCUGACCGAGCCGUCGCGUUACUCUGUUUCAGUCAUCACUCCGCCCGCCGUGUCGGAGGGUAUCAUUCAAGACGCAAUCAACCUUGGAAUCAAGAACGUCUGGCUCCAGCCCGGUGCAGAGUCAGCCAAGGCCAUCCAACUCGCAGAGCAAGCCAACAUCAAUCUCAUUCAUGGCGGCCCUUGCGUUCUGCGUCUCAGCAGCUUGUGACAAGCUAGAGGAGGACAUGUACAAGCUUAGGCUCUGUUGUAAAUAGGACACGCUGAAUGACAGACUUAUUCUGAGGGAUGUUACUCUUGCAUUUUGAACGAUUCAAGAAGUCCUGCUCUGCUCGGACGUGUGAGCGAGUAAUGAAAAUAUAAAUUCUCAAGCGCA